CAGGACAACAUUCAGACAGAGCAGGCUCCUGGGGCCACCACGAUGCCCAUUCCCAUCUCCCUAUGCCACCUGCCUCUGCUUCUGCCUCUGUUGCUUGGACUCAUAGGUGAGUUCCACUCCCUUCUCAGCCAUAGCUCCACUGGAGCAAGGCUCUUGUGUUUCCCUCCAGGAGUGGCAGGUGAGAAGCUGCGAGUGAUCCAGCCACAGGACUCAGUGUCAGUUGCAGUGGGAGAGACAGUAACUCUGAACUGCACCAUGACCUUCCUGUCCCUUGUGGGACCCACUAAGUGGAUCAAGGGAACAGGGCCAAGUCAGAAGGUGAUCUAUGAUUUUAAAGGCGGCCACAAAGGAGACCCUCGAGUGAAAAAUGCUUCAGAUACCACAAUUAGAGGCAACACAGACUUUUCCAUUCACAUCAGUACUGCCACCACAGAAGAUUCUGGUGUCUACUACUGUGUGAGGUUCCGGAAAGAGACCCCUGAAGAUGUGAUGGUGAAGUUUGGAGAAGGCACAAAAGUCACAGUACGUGCUAAGCCCUCUCCUCCACAAAUUUCCAGCCCCUCCAACAGGGUCUAUCCAGGCCAGGUAGUGAAUUUCAACUGCACAUCAAGUGGCUUCUUCCCUUCAAACAUGUCUCUGAAAUGGUUUCAAAAUUCAGUGGAGAUUCCAGCCCUCCAGACCUUCAUCUUCCCAGCUGGUGCCGCUGCCUCCUACAACAUCGUCAGCACUGUGCUGGUGACCCUUGCCAUAACCUCGCUCCAAUCCCAGAUCACCUGUCAAGUGGUUCAUCAGGAAUUGCAGAGACCCCUCACAGGAUAUGUGGAUCUCUCCAAAUUCCUCAGAGUUUCACCCACAGUGACAAUAACAGAACACCAUGUCCCAAGACUCCAGAUGGUCGUCCUCGUCUGCCACGUGCAAAGGUUUUACCCAGGUGGCAUAAAUAUCACAUGGCUAAAGGGGAGCAGACGUUGCAAGACCUGUGAAACUGAUGCCUCCACCAACAACUCAGAUGGCACAUUCAGCCAAGACAGUCAUCUUCUGGUCAGCGCCCUAGAGUAUAAGAACAUAAAGCUGUUUACCUGCCUAGUGGAGAAUGAGAACAAGCCAUUGCUCCAGGCCAGCAUGAAACUGAGUGAGUUUAGAGAAGAGCAAGAGAGUUUGGAAGCCAGAGACUACGGAUCCCUUUUGGGGAGUGUCCUCCUGGUUGGCUGGAAGCUAGUUCCCCUGACUGCACUUUCUACCAUCUAUGUCCUCAGGAGGAACCUCAUUUCCAGCCCCAAGAGAAGGUAAAAGCCUCAACCAAGAAGGUCAGAAGUGAGAGCAGGCUCACAUUUCCCACCUGGGAAUGAAGCUUCUGUGGACACUGCCUGGAGCAAGAAAUCCAAACGGAGUCAGGACAGGUUCCUGCCCAGAUGAAGAUGCUGUAAUUCUGAAGAUUCCUUCCUGGCUUCUGAUGGAAAUUCCUGGUGGGCACCCAGCUCCUGGUGGGUAUCAUAAAAGAUACCAUCAUAAAGAUACCAUCAUUAAAAUGGGA